AUGGUGGUGGGAGUGGGAUUGCCCUUUCAGAAGGUGUCUGCUAACAUUCUGUUUUACAGGAUCGUGUUCUUAGAAGCACAGUUGGAACUGAAAAGUACUAGCAAAAUCAUUUUGAAUCGUCCAACCAGAGAAGCCCUGACGAAACAUGUUCCUCAUCUUCCCACACUAGGCUUCAACGUGGAGACGGUAGAAUAUAAAAACAUUAGCUUCACAGUCUGGGACGUUGGCGGCCAGGACAAGAUCCGACCUUUGUGGCGACAUUAUUUCCAAAACACCCAAGGUCUGAUCUUCGUGGUGGACAGUAACGACCGAGAGCGGGUCAACGAGGCCCGGGAAGAGCUGACCAGAAUGCUAGCGGAAGACGAGCUCCGAGAUGCUGUGCUGCUGGUGUUUGUCAAUAAGCAGGACCUGCCCAACGCCAUGAAUGCAGCCGAGAUCACGGACAAGCUCGGCCUACAUUCCCUCCGGCAGAGAAACUGGUACAUUCAGGCGACCUGCGCCACCAGUGGAGACGGGCUCUACGAAGGCCUGGACUGGCUCUCCAACCAGCUCAAAAACCAGAAGUGACCAUUGGCAGCGAGCCCCUUACCCGUGCGUCGUGGCAAAACCCGCUGGCCUCUUCCGUGCGUGUGUGCGUGUGAGGAGCCAAGUGUGCAUGUGUGCUGGGAGUGGGGGCAGCUUUCUCACACUGUGCCUUAUACGUGUGUAAGGAAACCCGUAUUAUGUUUGAGGGAAAACCAGUGUUACCUUUGACAUGCUCCCUUCCAUUUCAGUAGCUUGCUGACCAUGUGGCCGUUGGAGGCUGUCGUAUACCCUGCAGGUAUGUGCUGACUGGACGGGUCUUCAGGGCAGGAGGAGGCUGAGCGUGUGUGUGCCUAUGGACCAGCCGGCUAUCGGAGCUGCCUCGCCCAGACCCUGUUUACCUUGGCCUUCCUCUGGCAGAAGGGAAGGAAGGCGCUGUCAUGGCUCCCAUUCCCGCCACCACUUGCUGCAGGUCUGAACCUACCCCCUUAUGUGCGACUGUAGCCCUGACGUCCUGGUUCUCCCAGGCUUCAUUUAAAGGAAGCUGCGGUCUGACAUUCCCCAUUCAGAUUCCACAACCCGAGAGAAUUCCUCAGUUCCUCCCUUUGUCUCUCCAGGGUGGAGGCCAUUUGGUAGUGACCAAGGAUGACACUAAGGCUCUUUCCCAGAGCAAAGGGUCUUGUUAAGGGUGUGAGGGGACUGGUUGUGUGUGUGUGUGUGUCCUGGCAUCGCCAUCCAGGCCCCUGAGGCUGCUCCUCCCCCUUCUCUGCUCUGUGCUGAAUGCACGCACCGCCUGGCCUGGCAGCCUUAGGCCAAUGCACAGUUGUGAUUGACUUCUGUUCCCAGACACAUUUGGGAGUUCUGCGGGUUUGUGCCAGGAUCACGAGGGAGAUUUCGGGGAGGAGACUCGCUGUACCCUCCAUUGUGGCCCCCAAGUUGGUGCUAAAUUUUGUAAAGGAAAAAUGCUGUGUCCAGACCGGCCUCAGUGGUGCCCUGGUCAUGAUGGUCCUGUCUUCUGGACUCCUGGGACACCCUCCAUCGUCCUCGCUGUUCACAAGGGUGCGAUGCCUCUGGCCACUGGGGCCACCGCUCUUCUUCCCGCACACCUGAUGGCCAGACUGGUCCCCAAGCGCUUCCACAAAUUCACCUUUGUGAAUUCUUUUUCAAAAAGCCUCCACUCAAACUCCAGGGGGUGGGGACCGUGAAGUGAAGGGGGACAGAAGUAAACCUUGUUUAUUGAUAAUAUCAAUAUUCCGAGGGAAACUAUCUCUUAUCAUCAUCGGUGGAGUGGAGUGUUUUCCUUUAAGAUAGUUCCUUUAGUGAAUGUUCAUUGCAAUACUGGCCACUAAGCCCAGGUAUGAUUUGUAACCACGGAGUGAGUCCUGUGUGCAAACUACUUAGAUUGUGUGCCCGAGAUUGGCAGGAACGGUGUCGUGUGCUUUUGUACGGUGCUCAGUGCAGUGGACCUGGUGCGGGGCUGGGCCUCAUCAAACAUUGUGGAUUGCUCGGACAAUAAAGACAUUACUUUGGAAGGUG